CAUGUAUAUUUCAUCUUCAAUAAAACAUUUAGUGGCUCAAGGACAAAAGCCCGGUAGCGUUGGAACCCAUUAUGCUAAUGGCCCGGUGUUAACAAUUUACCUUCCCAGGGGUCCUUUCCUGGGAACACAGGGAAGGCUAAUUGACUUUAGCAGUUGGGAGAGCAAUGACCAAACCUUUCGUGAUUUUGAAAUCAGGCCAUGAGAGGCUUCAGAAGCAGAGGCUCAACCACGGAAACCUCAACUAUUGUCCCGAAUUAUGCCUGACUAAUGCUAAAGAUUGAGCAAGGGUACAGGUGUCCGGACAGCUUGGAGUGCCCCAGGUCCAAACUGGAGUCCUGAGGGGUGUCUCACCCACAGUGACCCACUGGCUGGGCUCUAGGUUUCUAUUUUCGGGUCGAUGCGCUUGAUUCUUUAGUCCAGCUUUCCGGAAAAGGGACAGUGAUGACCGCACCGGCCCUUGAUUCCUUUCCACCGUUCUUGAGUAGGUUGGUAACAGUCUGUUUACGUAGAGGCGGUGAGAUAGCCAUUUCCCGCAAGCCGCCGCGGCUCUCCUUCAGGUCUGCAGACAGAGGACUCAGAGACAGUCCGAGUCCAAGAAGGAGGCGCAAAGCUCUCAGCCCACCGGGAGGGUUAGCCCCGCGCAAGGGCCUCGCCCCGCCUCUCCAGGCUUAACGGCCGCCCCGGGCGCCGAGGCCCAGCCUUGCAGCCCGCCCAUUGGCCUCGCAAGGCCCUCUCCUUCGCUCCUGCAGCGUUCUAGGCCACGCCCACCUGCGUGACCGCACAGGACACUGUGAAUCCGGGGAUUAUUGCGUCUGGUCCCUGUAUUGACCCACCAGUAAUGGAGAGUAUGAAGCUCAAGGGUGUCAUUAAACGCCAUUAUUAUUCUGGGGACAGAAUAAACUAUGAGUGUCGCAUAGGAUACUUUUAUGUGUGGCCUUAUCUCCUCUCAUCUACUUGUGAGCCUAAUGGCUCAUGGAGCCCUAUUGAAGAAGCAUGUUUAAGAAAAUCAUGUCCAAAUCCAGAAAUAAAGCAUGGUGAAGUAUAUGCCCCAAAUAAAACCUUUGAGUUUGAAUCAGAAGCUCACAUUUCUUGUAAUGAGGGUUAUUACUUAAGAGGAAAAAGCAUUCUAACUUGUAACCGUAUUGGAGGGAAUGUGCAUUGGAGUGAUAAGAUACCACAUUGUGAAAAGAUUUUUUGUGGACGACCUCCAGAAAUAAAACAUGGAAAACACACCAAUAGCUACAGGAAUAUAUUUGAAUAUAAUGAAUUAGUAACUUAUAGUUGUAAUCCUUCAAAUGGAUCAGAUGAAUAUUCGCUUGUUGGAGAGAGACAGCUUAUUUGUUCUGGACCUGGCAAAUGGAGUAGUGCUGCUCCUCUGUGUAAAGUGGUCAAAUGUGAACGUCCAGUACUCGAACAUGGAAUAAUGGUAUCAGGAAGUAGAAAAAAAUUUUCCUACCAAGCAGUGGUGAUAUUUGAAUGCCUCCAGGGUUUUUACCUUAAUGGCAGCAACCUAGUGUUCUGUGGUGGUAAUAAUACUUGGGAGCCUGAGAUGCCAAAGUGUAUUAAAGGUUACAAGCCUACUCAUCCAACCAAGACUCCACUUGCAAAAUAUCCAGGAUAUCCCAAUCCCAGCAAUGAAAUACUAUCACUUGAUGACUUUGAGGAUUUAGAUACAGGAAUCAUUGCUCUGAUUAUUCUUACUGCAAUUGUUGCUGUUGUAGUAGUUUGUACCUGCUUAUACAGAUGUCUUCACAGUGAGAGGAAAGAGGAGAAGGAUAUGAAAAAGAAGGAGAAGAAAGAGAAGAAGGAAAAGGAGAAAAAGGAAAACAAGAAGAAGGAGAAGGAGAAGAGAAGAAGAUGAAAGGGUAAAUCAAAGCAUGUUUCCUCUAACUUAUUCUAAACUUUGUACUUCUGAUAUACUUUUGUGCAGUUUUUUUUUGUCCUCUAUAUUGCAUGCUGUGUUUUCCUAAAAUGUGCCUGCAUGAGUGUGCUGUCUGAAUUGCAUUUCAUUACUAAAAAUGUUUUUAGCUGCUUUUAAUAUCACUGCAACCAGAGAAAUUUGUGCAGAAUUUCAUCAGCUAUUCUGACUGUAGGAAAAGUUUCUGUGGGAUUUGAGGUUUAAGUUCUUCAGCAAAUCAUGGACUGUUAGAGGAUUUUCCCUACCCUAGGUGUACCCUACUUCCUAGAUUGGACUGGUGGCCAAGAUGAAAUUUUAAAUGGUUCACUGGAUACUUUGACAUUUAUAUUCACUGCAGUUUUUAUGAUGAAAAUCUCCAUUUAUCUGUCCAACUUAGGUCACUGUAAGAAGCUAUGUAGUUAAAAUUUGAUUUCAUUUAGAGUUGUUAUUUAUAUAACUGGGGAAUUAAAAGCAGCAUUAUUUGAUUUCCCAUUUAUGAUCUCUUAAUUUACUAAGUGGCAGUAAAACUGAUGGGAUUAAACUUCAAGUUACUGAAAGGGGUAGGAUUUAUAAGGCAUCUCAUUAGUUUUGUCUUUCUCUUUAUCUGUAAAAGUAAAAAAAUCAGUGGGGUGCUUAGAAUAAAAAGAAAGUGUGCAGAGGAUAUUCAAGAUGGCGAAGGAUUAAGACAUGGAGAUCACCUUCCUCACCACACAUACAUCAAAAAUACAUCUACAUGUGAAACAACUCCUACAGAACACCUACUGAAUGCUGGCAGAAGACCUCAGACUCCCCAAAAGGCAAGAAACUCCCCACAUACCUGGUUAGGGCUAAAGAAAAAAGAAAAAACAGAGACAAAAGAAUAGGGAUGGGACCUGUACUUCUGGGAGGGAGCUGUGAAGGAGGAAAAGUUUCCACACAGUAGGAAGGCCCUUCACUGGCAGAGACGGGGGUGGGUGAGGGGGAAGCUUCGGAGCCACGGAGGAGAGUGCAGCAACAGGGUGCAGAGGGCACAGCGGAGAGAUUCCUGCACAGAGGAUCAGUGCCGACCAGCACUCACCAGCCUGAGAAGUUUGUCUGCUCACCCGCUGGGACUGGUGGGGGCUGGGAGCUGAGGCUCCAGCUUCGGAGGUCAGAUUCCAGGGAGAGGACCGGGGUUGGCUGCGUGAACACAGCCUGAAGGAGGCUAGUGCACCACAGCUAAACAGGAGGGAGUCCGGGAAAAAGUCUGGAACUGCCUAAGAGUCAAGAGACCAUUGUUUCAGGGUGCACGAGGAGAGGAAGUUCAGAAAACCGCCUAAACAAGCUUCAGAGACAGGUGCGAACCGCGGCUGUCACUGCAGACACCAGAGACGGGCAUGAAAUGCUAUGGGUGCAGCUGCAGCCACCAGGAAUCCUGUGUGCAAGAACAGGUCACUAUCCACACCUCCCCUCCCAGGAGCCUGUGCAGCCUGCCACUGCCAGUACCCCGUGAUCCAGGGAGAAUUUCCUCAGAAGAACACACGGCAUGCCUCAGGCUGUUGCAACGUCACACUGGCCUCUGCCGCCACUGGCUUGCCCUGCAUUCCGUACCCAUCACUCCCCCUGGCCUGAGUGAGCCAGAGCCCCCAAUCACCCGCUCCUUUAACCUCCUUCUGUCUGGGCAAAGAACAGACGCCAGAGGGCGACCUACAUGCAGAGAUGGGGCCAAAUCCAAAGGUGAACCCCAGGAGCUGUGUGAACAAAGAAGAGAAAGGGAAAUUUCUCCGUGCAGCCUCAGGAGCAGCAGAUUAAAUCUCCACAAUCAACUUGAUGUACCCUCCAUCUGUGGAAUACCUGAAUAGACAACAAAUCAUCCCAAAAUUGAGGCAGUGGAUUUUGGGAGCAAGUGUGGACUUGGGGUUUGCUUUAUGCAACUGACUACUUUCUGAUUUUUAUGUUUAUCUUAGUAUAGUUUUUAGUACUUCUUAUCAUUGGUGGAUUUGUUUAUUGCUUUGGCUGCUCUCUUCUUUUUUCUUUCAUUACUUUUUAAUUGUUUUACUUUAAUAAUUUUUUAAUUUUAAUAACUUUCUUUUCUUUUCUUUUAUUAUUGUUUUUUCUUUCAUUCUAUUUUUUCUCCCUUUUCUUCUGAGCCAUGUGGCUGACAGGGUCUGGGUGCUCUGGCUGGGUGUCAGGCCUGAGCUUCUGAGGUGGGAGAGCCAAGUUCAGGACAUCAGACUACCAGAGACCUCCCAGCCCCAAGUAAUAUCAAUUGGUGAGAGCUCUCCCUGAGAUCUCUGUCUCAAGACGAAGACCCUGCUCCACUCAACGACCAGCAAGCUCCAGUGCUGGACACCCUAUGCCAAACAACUAGCAAGAUGAGAACACAAUCCCACCCAUUAGCAGAGAGGCUGCCUAAGAUCAUAAUAAGUUCACAGACACCCCAAAACACACCAUCGGACGCAGUUCUGCCCACCAGAAAGAAGAGAUCCAGGCUCAUCCACCAAAACACAGGCACCAGUCCCCUCCAUGAGGAAGCCUACACAACCCACUGAACCAAACUUACCCACUGGGGGCAGACACCAAAAACAAUGGGAACUACGAACCUGCAGCCUGAGAAAAGGAUACCCCAAACACAGCAACUUAAGCAAAAUGAGGAGACAGGGAAAUACGCAGCAGGUGAAGGAGCAAAGUAAAAACCCACCAGACCAUACAAAUGAAGAGGAAAUAAGCAGUCUACCUGAAAAAGAAUCCAGAGUAAUGAUAGUAAAGAUGACCCAAAAUCUUGGAAAUAAAAUGGAGAAAAUACAAGAAACAUUUAACAAGGACCUAAAAAAUCUGAAGAGCAAACAAGCAGUGAUGAAAAACACAAUAAAUGAAUUUAAAAAUUCUCUAGAAGCAAUCAAUAGCAGAAUAACUGUGGCAGAAGAACAGAUAAGUGACUUGGAAGAUAAAAGAGUGGAAAUAACUACUGCAGAGCAGAAAAAAGAAUGAAAAGAAUUGAGGACAGUCUCAGAGACCUCUGGGGCAACAUUAAAUGCACUAACAUUCAAAUUAUGUGGGUCCCAGAAGAAGAGAAAAAGAAAGGGACUGAGAAAAUAUUUGAAGAGAUUAUAGUUGAAAAUUUCCCUCUUGUGGGUAAGGUAACAGUCAAUCAAGCCCAGGAAGCACAGAGAGUCCCAUACAGGAUACUCAAAGGAGAAACAUAACAAGACACAUAUUAAUCAAACUAUCAAAAAGUAAAUACAAAGAUAAAAUAUUAAAAGCAGCAAAGGAAAAGCAACAAAUAACAUACAAGGGAAUCCCCAUAAGGUUAACAGCUGAUCUUUCAGCAGAAACUCUGCAAUCCAGAAGGGAGUGGCAGGAUAUAUUUAAAGUGAUUAAAGGGAAAAACCUACAACCAAGAUUACUCUACCCAGCAAGGAUCUCAUUCAGAUUUGACAGAGAAAUUAAACCUUUACAGACAAGCAAAAGCUAAGAGAAUUCAGCACCACCAAACCAGCUUUACAAGAAUUGCUAAAGGAACUUCUCUGGGCAGGAAAUACAAGGGAAGGAAAAGACCUACAAAAACAAGCCCAUAGCAGUUAAGAAAAUGGUAAGAGGAACAUACAUAUUGAUAAUUACCUUAAAUGUAAAUGGAUUAAAUGCUCCAACUAAGGGCUUCCCUGGUGGUGCAGUGGUUGAGAGUCUGCCUGCCGAUGCAGGGGAUACGGGUUCAUGCCCCGGUCCAGGAAGAUCCCACACACCGCGGAGAGGCUAGGCCCAUGAACCAUGGCUGCUGAGCCUGCGCGUCCGAAACCUGUGCUCUGCAAUGGGAGAGGCCACAACAGUGAGAGGCCCGCAUACCACACACACACACACACACACACACAAAAGCUCCAACUAAAAGACACAGGCUCGCUGAAUGGUUACAAAAACAAGACCCAUAUAUAUGCUGUCUACAAGAGACCCACUUCAGACCUAGGGACACAUACAGACUGAAAGUGAGGGGAUGGAAAAAGAUUUUCAAUGCAAAUGGAAAUCAAAGAAAGCUGGAGUACAAAUUCUCAUAUCAGACAAAAUAGACUUUAAAAUAAAGACUAUUACAAGGGGCAAAGAAGGACACUACAUAAUGAUCAAGGGAUCAAUCCAAGAAGAAGAAAUAACAAUUGUAAAUAUUUAUGCAUCCAACAUAGGAGCACCUCAAUACAUAAGGCAAAUGCUAAGAGCCAUAAAAGGGAAAUUGACACUAACACAAUAAUAGUAGGAGACUGUAACACCCCACUUUCACCACUGGACAGAUCAUCCGAUAUGAAAAUAAAUAAGGAAACACAAGCUUUAAAGGACACAUUAAACAAGAGGCACUUAAUUGAUAGUUAUAGAACAUUCAUUCCCAAAACAACAGAAUACACUUUCUUCUCAAGUGCUCAUGGAACAUUCUCCAGGAUAGAUCAUAUCUUGGGUCACAAAUCAAGCCUUGGUAAAUAUAAAAAAAAUGAAAUCGUAUCAAGUAUCUUUGCUGACCACAAUGCUAUAAGACUAGAUAUCAAUUUCAGGAAAGAGCUUCCCUGGUGGCACAGUGGUUGAGAAUCUGCCUGCUAAUGCAGGGAACACGGGUUUGAGCCCUGGUCUGGGAAGAUCCCAAAUGCCGCGGAGCAACUAGGCUCGUGAGCCACAACUACUGAGCCUGCACGUCUGGAACCUGUGCUCCACAACAAGAGAGGCCACGAUAGUGAGAGGCCUGCGCACCACGAUGAAGAGUGGCCCCCAAUUGCCACAACUAGAGAAAGCCCUUGCACAGAAACGAAGACCCAACACAGCAAAAAUAGAUAAAUAAAUUAAUAAACUCCUACCCCCAACAUCUUCUUUAAAAAAAAAAAAAUUCAGGAAAAAACUGUAAAAGAUACAAACAAAUGGAAGCUAAAUAAUGCACUAAUAAAUAACCAAGAGAUAACUGAAGAAAUCAAAGAGGAAAUCAAAAAAUACCUAGAAACAAAUGACAGUGAAAACAUGACGACCCAAAACCUAUAGGAUGCAGCAAAAGCAGUUGUAAGAGGGAAACUUAUAACAAUACAAUCCUACCUCAAGAAACAAGAGACAUCUCAAAUAAACAACCAAACCUUAUAUCUAAAGCAAUUAUAGAAAAAGAACAAAAAACCACAAGUUAGCAGAAGGAAAGAAAUCAUAAAUAUCCGAUCAGAAAUAAAUGAAAAAGAAAUGAAAGAAACAAUAGCAAAGAUCAAUAAAACAGAAAGCUGGUUCUUUGAGAAGAUAAGCAAAAUGGAUAAACAAUUAGCCAGAUCCAUCAAGAAAAAAAGGGAGAAGACUCAAAUCAACAGAAUUAGAAAUGAAAAAGGAGAAGUACCCACUGGCACUGCAGAAAUACAAAGGAUCAUGAGAGAUUACUACAAGCAACUAUAUACCAAUAAGAUGGACAACCUGGAAGAAAUGAAAUAAUUGUUAGAAAAGCACAACUUCCGAGAUUGAAACAGGAAGAAAUAGAAAAUAUAAACACACCAAUCGCAAGCACUGAAAUUGAAACUGUGAUUAAAAAUCUUCCAACAAACAAAAGACCAGGACCAGAUGGCUUCACAGGCGAAUUCUAUCAAAUAUUUAGAGAAGAGCUAACGCCUAUCGUUCGCAAACUCUCCCAAAAUAUAGCAGAGGGAGGAAAACUCCCAAACUCAUUCUAUAAGGCCACCAUCACCCUGAUACCAAACCCAGACAAAGAUGUCACAAAAAAAUAAAACUACAGGCCAAUAUCACUGAUGAACAUAGAUGCAAAAACCCUCAACAAAAUACUAGCAAACAGAAUACAACAAUAUAUUAAAAGGGUCAUACACCAUGAUCAAGUGGAGGUGUAUCCCAGGAAUGCAAGAAUUCUUCAAUAUACACAAAUCAAUCAAUGUGAUACAUCAUAUUAACAAAUUGAAGGAGAAAAACCAUGUGAUCAUCUCAAUAGAUGCAGAAAAAGCUUUCGACAAAAUUCAACACCCAUUUAUGAUAAAAUCCCUCCAGAAAGUAGGCAUAGAGGGAACUUACCUCAACAUAAUAAAGGACAUAUAUGACAAAACCACAGCCAACAUCGUCCUCAAUGGUGAAAAACUGAAACCAUUUCCACUAAGACAGGAACAAGACAAGUUUGCCCACUUUCACCACUCUUAUUCAACAUAGUUUUGGAAGUUUUAGCCACAGCAAUCAGAGAAGAAAAAGAAAUAAAAGAAUCCAAAUCGGAAAAGAAGAAGUAAAACUGUCACUGUUUGCAGAUGACAUGAUACUAUACAUAGAGAAUUCUAGAUGCCACCAGAAAACUACUAGAGCUAAUCAAUGAAUUUGGUAAAGUAGCAGGAUACAAAAUUCAUGCCCAGAAAUCUCUUGCAUUCCUAUACACUAAUGAUGAAAAUUCUGAAAGAGAAUUUAAGGAAACACUCGCAUUUAUUUUUGCAACAAAAAGAAUAAAAUACCUAGGAAUAAACCUACCUAAGGAGACAAAAGACCUGUAUGCAGAAAAUUAUAAGACACUGAUGAAAGAAAUUAAAGGUGAUACAAAUAGAUGGAGAGAUAUACCAUGUUCUUGGAUUGGAAGAAUCAACAUUGUGAAAGUGACUCUACUACCCAAAGCAAUCUACAGAUUCAGUGCAAUCCCUAUCAAACUACCAAUGGCAUUUUUCACAGAACUAGAACAGAAAAUUUCACACUUUGUAUGGAAACACAAAAGACCCCAAAUAGCCAAAGCAAUCUUGAGAAUGAAAAACGGAGCUGUAGGAAUCAGGCUCCCUGACUUCAGACUAUACUACAAAGCUACAGUAAUCCAGACAGUGUGGUACUGGCACAAAAACAGAAAUAUAGAUCAAUGGAACAGGAUAGAAAGCCCAGCGAUAAACCCACGCACGUGUGGUCACCUUAUCUUUGAUAACGGAGGCAAGAGUAUGUGAUGGAGAAAAGGCAGCCUCUUCAAUAAGGGGUGCUGGGAUAAUUGGACCCGUACAUGUAAUAGAAUACAAUUAGAACACUCCCUAACACGACACACAAAAAUAAACCCAAAAUGGAUUAAAGACCUAAAUAUAAGGCCAGACACUAUAAAACUCUUAGAGGAAAACAUAGGCAGAACACUCUAUGACAUAAAUCACAGCAAGAUCCCUUUUGACCCACCUCCUAGAGAAAUGGAAAUAAAAACUAAAAUAAACAAAUGGGACCUAAUGAAACUUAAAAGCUUUUUCACAGCAAAGGAAACCAUAAGAAAGACAAAAAGACAACCUCAGAAUGGGAGAAAAUAUUUGCAAAUGAAGCAACUGACAAAGGAUUAAUCUCCAGAAUAUACAAGUAGCUCAUGCAGCUCAAUAUCAAAAAAGCAAGCAACCCAAUCCAAAAAGGGGCAGAAAACCCAAAUAGACAUUUCUCCAAAGAAGAUAUACAGAUUGCCUACAAACACAUGAAAGGAUGCUCAACAUCACUAAUCAUUAGAUAAAUGCAAAUCAAAACUACAAUGAGGUAUUUCCUCACACC